GGCGCGGUCGCCAUGGGGACGGCCGCGCGCCCUUCCUGAGUUACGCGCGAACCCCCCCACCGCGGCGGCUGGUGGCGGUGACGGGGUGAGGGGGUGAGGGAGUCACUCUUUAAGACUUUUGAUCGAAUCAACUCAAAACAAAGAGCCGCGGGCUCGAUCGUCGCCGAUCGUCGCCACACUUUUGUUUAUUAUCGACCGCGGAGUCGCGUCGGGCCGAAGCGAAGAACCAUGGAAGGGUUUCGUUUGAGCGCGGACGCGUCGCUCGCCGUGGACGAGUAUCUCGAGUACAAGAGGAUCGUUGGAGAGGAUGACGGCGGGAAACUGAUGAGUCCACAAGAGUACGCCGACUACAAGAGACGGGUGUUGCCCCAACGGGAGCGCAAUCGUCUCUUCGUAAGCUGGAGCGGUCCGACCGGCAUAGAUUGCAAGCUUGUGGGGCCAGAGACUCGAUGCUUCUGCACUCACAGAUACAAGCAGCACCAGACUGACCUGGAGGAGAUCCCCAAAGAACGACCAAUACAUUUACCUUGUCUAGUUCAUGGAUGUCGCUGUGCUUCCUACCUCUAUAUUCCAAGCAAUGGAUCCCAGGCUAUCCGCUGUCACUGCAAGCAUCCAGCCAAUGAGCACCGUGAAUAUGAGCCAUAUGUUUGUAAAAAAUGUGCAGUCUGCAAGGGCUUCCAAAGCUCAUUCUCAUGCGGUUGUGGGUACCCGACACUAGCUCACCAGAUGGUAGUGGAAACAAAGGAGGAGCGUGUGGAUCGUGGGAAGCCAGUUGGACAUGAUGUACCGUAUGCAGCCAUGGGGGGCCUCACCGGGUUCAGCUCAUUAGCUGAGGGUUACCUUCGACUCGAUGAAAGCGGUGUAGGUGUUCCAGGAGAUGGCUUGCUAAAUGCCCCCAUCACUGCUCAUGACCAUCCAUUUUUGAGGGCACAUUCAGGGACAGCAGCCUCACUACUGCCCCAUAAUUCUUCAAGAUCCACAGCUGAUGCAGGUGCCAAGAACUCACUCACACAGGGAAUCACCAACUUAAAGGUCCGUGAAGAAGAGGAUAUGGCAGAAUUGGAAAAGCGUUACCAGGAAAGAAUGAAACUUCAAAGACAACAGGCAAGAACAGGUGCAAAUGGAAGGGCACCAUCUCAAGCCAAAACACAGUCACGUGGAAAGGGAAAACAAGCCACACCAUCUGGAAAGUAAAGAUCUGCUCGGAUGGGAUAUGGCUAUAAGUAUACUUUUCUGCAUAUUCAAUUUCCCUUUAAAGCCUUCAUUUCAUUAAAAUAUGUACGUACAUUGUAGGUAUAAGAUCGUAAUAUAGCUUAUCAUAUUUGUAAUAUAUUUUUAUUGAAGAAAAACAUAUAUAGUAUCACUUAGUUUAAAAAAGUAUAUAUACUCUGUUUUCUGAAGCAGUUUUAAGAUUUGUUGUGGUAUUAUAUAUUGCAUACACAUUCCUUCUGGUUUAAUAUGAAAAAUAAAAUUCAACAGUACAAAAAGCCGUGUAACUUUAAAAUGGAGUACAAUGAUACGUAAACUGUUCACAAAAUAAUGAAAGUGAAUAUUUACCAAAAACAAUAUUAAGCUUGAUAUAUGACAUUUUUGUGCUGAUUUUGAUUAAAACAGUAUUCUUGACAACAUCACUUGUUUUGUGACAGUAGAUGACUAUUAAAUAAGCAUGCAUUGAUUGUCUGAAUAAACACAUAGGCUAGUAAGAAGUAAACAAUAAUAAUACUGUAUUCACAAUUGCAAAUGUAUAUAAAAAACACUAUCAUGACAAUUGUUUAAAAAAAAAACAUUUAAAGAAAUGUUGACAUUGACAAGAAUAAAUCCAAGAACAUUUCUUCAUGAUCGGAUUAUACCAUUUCAAUAUGACUAGGAUCAUAUCCAUCUGAAAAACAAAAAAAUAGUGUAAGUUUUAUUAUAAAUGACGAACAUAGCAUUUCAAAAUGACAUUUAAAGAAUUUUAACAUUUCCCACAUUAAAAUAAGAGUACAACACCAAAAAUACAAUAUAGUAGACAUUUCUGUUAGGAUACUCUGAAGGUUUCAAUAAACAAUACUGAAAUGUAA